GUUUGGGAGUCUUUCAUAAUGGCUUCGACUGAGAAUCCUGUAAAGGACAAUACUGAUCAUCCUGUAGAAGACAAAGCAGAUCAUCCGAUGGAGGGCAAAGCAGAUCAUCCCAUGGAGGGCAAAGCAGAUCAUCCCAUGGAAGGCAAAGCAGAUCAUAACGUCAAAGACAAAGUGGACCAUCCCGUGGUGGACAAAGCAGAUCAUCCUGUAGUGAGCAAAGCAGAUCAUUCUGUGGAGGAAAAAUCAGAUCAUCUUGUAAAGGACAAAGAAGAUCAUUCUGUUGUGGAAAAAGCGGAUCAUCCCGCAAACAACAAAGCAGUUGAUCUUCCCGAAGAAGUAAAGGCUCUUCUAAAAUCAUUAGCUAGUGAGUGGGAUGAUAUACAAGAUGUAGAUGCAUUGCAGGUGAUCCCUCUCAAGGGGGCGAUGACAAAUAAGGUCUUCCAAAUAAAAUGGCCAACAAAGACUGGGCAACCGUCACGAAAAGUUAUUGUUAGAAUUUAUGGUGAGGGUGUGGAAAAUUUCUUUGAUAGGGACGAUGAGAUACGGGCAUUUGAAUUCCUGUCUAAGAAUGAGCAGGGUCCUAGACUCCUGGGCCGGUUUUCUAAUGGUCGCAUUGAAGAGUUCAUCAAAGCACGGACUUUAUCAGCAUCUGACCUGCGUGAUCCAUCUAUCUCUGCUCUUAUAGCAGCCAAAAUGAAGGAGUUUCAUGAUCUUGAUAUAUCUGGUCCAAAGAAAAUCAUCCUAUGGGAUAAAAUACGAAAAUGGAUUAGCGUAGCCAAGGGUUUAUCUUCCCCUGAAGAAGUUGAAGCCUUUUAUCUGGACACAAUUGACAAGGAAGUUGAUAUUUUGGAAAAGGAACUCUCAUGUGAUCAGCAACGCAUAGGGUUUUGCCACAAUGAUUUGCAGUAUGGUAACAUAAUGCUUAAUGAAGAGAGCAAUACCGUGACCCUAAUUGAUUAUGAAUAUUCAGGUUAUAAUCCUGUAGCAUAUGACAUCGCAAACCACUUCUGCGAGAUGGCAGCUGAUUAUCAUACAGAAACACCUCACGUUCUUGACUUCAGUAAAUGUCCUGAUUUGGAGGAGCGUAAAAGAUUUGUGCGAACGUAUUUAAGCACUUCAGGCCAGGAGCCUAGUGACAGUGAAGUAGAGCAGUUGCUUCAAGAAGCUGAGAAGUAUACACUUGCAAAUCAUCUAUUCUGGGGCCUGUGGGGAGUAAUUUCGGCACAUGUAAACAAAAUUGACUUCGACUACAUGGAGUAUGCAAAGCAGAGAAUUAAAGAGUACUGGGCAAGGAAACCUUAUCUUUUGUGCUCUGCUGGACCUUCCCUUGAAACUAUUACUCCUGAAGGUAAUAAAACUUAAUUGGAUGUGAGUGAAUGGCCUUGAGCUGCUACAUUGUGAAUAGGUUCCCAGUGACAUAAACAGACAAGAACUUUUGAUGCAGUGUUGUAUGAUUUUAAAAGUUAUUAUUAUGAUUAGGUUUCAAGUCUUAACAUGAAAUUAUGUUUUUCUAGAAGUAUUUUUAUGUGUAUAUAGCCCAAUAUUUAUGCCUGAA